GAUGCAAAAUGGACACCGAUCGAUGAAACCACGUGUCCAGUCAAUGAAUAUUCUAUCGAUACCCCUUGAGCCAGAAUUCAAAUCUUUACCACAAAAUGUUCCAGAAAACAUCCCAGUGCUUCGCCGCCGGAAGUACACCAAACAACAGAGAAAAUCUCUGGUGAUUGAGCCAGAUAUUAGUCUCAUUUUGGCAGCAGGCCAGAAUCAAUCAAGCUCCAGUGAUGAUGAUGAUACUAAAGUUCAGAUCGAUUCCAACACUCUUCCACAAAAUCGGCGGAAAUACGCUGGAAGACGAAAUAUGAAGAAAAGGUUUUAUUCUACGAGUAAUUUAAAAGGAAACGAAGAUGAAAAUGAUGAAAAUAGUUCGAAGCAAAUCGGAACAAAAUCAUUGAGUGUGCGCGAUUUGAACGGAGAUAACAUCGAUUUCAACAAUCGGGAUUCGGUGAAAAAGUGGACAUCUCAAAUAUUCGCCGAGCUUGAAUCUAUCCCCUCAAGUAGGCGUGGAUCUAUGGAAGUUACGAGAGCUAUGACGAAUCCACCUCCAGAAUUGAUGAUAAAUCUUGCUCCAACAUUGGCUCCUCCGUCUCCGAUGAAAAGGAAGCGAUUUCCAGUUUUCGACGAGCAGGAAGCUGGAUUUCAGCCAAUUGCUCCAGUUCCUUCACCGAGGAGGCAGCAGGAGGAUGUUGUCGGGCCUACGUUUCUUCGUGACCUUCUCACUGCCAGUUGCUCACGAUCACCGUGCUCCGAAUCGAAUUACUCGGAUCGAUUAGCCACUUCGGACACAGCAACAACGCAAAAAGCGUCUCGAGCUUCUUCAUUCGAAUGGCUGGAAAAUUCGGGUCACGGGAAAUAUGAACAAUGUUCAUCUGAUGAAGCUGAUCGAGAAGUUGCUUCAAUUGAAAUGGUCAAACAGACAGAAGUGUUGCAGAGGAAAAAAACUAUCGAGGACCUCGAAGAGAGUGUGAAUGAGCUUCAGAGCCUGGGCAAUGGAUCAUGGUUUCCACAUCCACCGCCACCACCAGCUGAGGCCAGGGAUCAGAUUUACGAGUCUUUGCCGGCUUCAUUUCGAAAUCGCAAGUCAGAAAAUCGAAAGAAUGCGGUUGGAAGUGUGUAUGACAAUGCGGCCAUCAGCAGCAAACCAUCAUCUUCCGAAACAACGUCAUUUUCACAACAAAAACCAAUCAUUGAUAGAAAACCAUUUUCUCUCGAGAAUCUCCCGAUGGUACAGCGGCUCACCGAGUUGAGUGCCGCAAAGAAAAAUGCUGAUUCGAAAAACGAGGUGGCAAAGAGAAGCAACACUUUCUCGUUACAGUUGGCUGAACGAGAUGCUGUAGAUGCCUGCUCGUGGUUGAGGAAAGCCGGAUUCUCGAAGUACGCCGAUCAAUUUGAAGAAGGAAAACUGCCAAUAGUUGCAUCAAAAGAUCCGACGCUGUUGGAAGCUGAUCUGCGUGCAUUAAAUCGUCGAAUUGAUGUAUUGAAUAGAUGUCAUACUAUGAAAGUUGACAGUGUACCAAUGAGACGGCGAAUUAACAACGAGUUCCCACGGCUGGAUCCAAUGAAAAUCGACGAUAAUAGUGGAUAUUCAUCCGAUAGUUGGAGGUACGGUAGUGUAGGCGGUAGUCAUCAUUCGAAUACUUGGAGUCGCCCAUCUGGAAGUGAUCAUCAUGUUUACGGUGGAUCAUUAGCUAGAAUGCCGAAUAGCACGUCUUCUGCGUGGCAUCAUCAGAUGGCUGAUCCAACACGAGACAGUCGAAAGGUGCUUCGAACUGAUUGGUACGACGCACAGAACACACCGCCACGUGGUAGAAAUAAUGAUGUCCUUGAAACAGCUUCCUCAGCCGCUUGUGUCAAUGAACUGAACUCAAAAUUGCAACGAUCUCAAAGUGAACGAAUCAAAGAUCGCGCUAGAGCGAUUAUGAAAAAGAUGGAUCUAAGAUCCACUAAUAAACGACCAAAAGAAACACGUGGCAGACCUGCUCCAAUGAACAUUGGGGAUCCAGUGCUAGUGUCCUACGACACUCCGAAAAACUCAAUCAGGUCACACCAUAUUGAUAGGCCCUCGAUUUUACCUGAACGAGGACGUCAACUGUACCCCACAUCUCCCUAUCAAGCCCCUUCUCGGAGCAAAUCAAUUGCUCAAAAUAAUCGACGAGGCGGUCUUGUAUUCAUUACCCCGACUAGUCCGAACUCACUUGACACUUCAUUCGGGUAUUCUGACACUAAUUCCAGUGUGGUCUCUUCCCACCGGUCAAAUGGAGAGAGCCGGAGACGUGAGCUCUCAAUGCCUCCACCGUCAAGGCAUCGUGUUCAGAUGAAUGGUCCAUCGUAUCCGGUGAUGGAUGGAACAUUGCGUAGGCGGGAAAUUAUGCCAUUUGAUUCUUAUCUCUAUGCUGGAAAUCCUAAGAUGCUUGAAAGAUAUGACAAGACGUAUGAAAGUCCGCGAAAUUUGAUUCCGGACCGUAUGUACGAUGAUCUCGAUGACCUACCUCUGCCAAAAUCUACGAAAACCACUAACUCGAAUUCAACCUCAAACUCAAACUCACUUGAUAACAAGAAAACUGAUAAUAUCAGCAUGUUCAAUGAUGGAUAUUAUACGCAUGAAAUCAAAACCGCCUUGCCACGUCAUCACAACAUCCUAACAACAGUCAAACCGGAGAACCUAAAAGUGAACACCGAGAAAAUCGAUAUAAUCUCGAGCUCCGACGAGCCAAUCGGCCGAACAGCUCUCACAAAACGAAGUGACUCGGGCUUAGGCUCAAGCCUGUCUCGUUCUCCAAGCGGUCCACAUACUCAGAGAAUCCGUCAGUCUCUUCUACCGUACUCAAAUGCCACGUCAUCAAGUGCUUCUGCCUACUCAUGUUGCUCUUGGGGCUCUUCGACAAAGUUGCUCGACGAACAGCAACCAUUUUUCACUGAUAUGGUCGAGCUGGCAAGAUCAAUAGAUUCUUUGAAUCUUAUUGAAAUGACAAGGCUUCGGAAAACAGCUUUUCUAAGAUUGAGCUCAAUUUUGGAGCGGAAUAUUGAAGGGAAGGGGGUCGGAUUGGUGGAUCCGGAUCAAGAAGAACUUCCAUCGAAACAUGUGUGGAGUGUGCAGAGAUUGAUUAAAAGAAUGAAGAUCAAUGAUGGACAAAAACGAGAAAAAGAUGUAGAUGGAGAUGGUGCAGUUUUUGGUGUUGGUCUAGAUGUGAUCUUCAAUCGAACCGGUUACUUCCUACCCCGACCCAUCCUGGAAGUCAUGAAAUUCCUCCGAAACAUUGCGCCGGAAACUGUCGGAAUCUUCCGUAAGAAUGGCGUCAAAUCCCGAAUCGCUGAACUUCGAUCGAUAAUUGAAAGCUACAGUGGGAAUACGGAUGUAUUUGUUGGAGAGAAUCUUCUCGACUCGACACAGGUUCAUGAUGUGGCUGAUCUUCUGAAACAGUACUUCCGAGAUCUUCCCGAGCCACUGAUGACUGUUAAGAUGUCGGAGGUUUUCGCAAAUAUUUGCUCGGUGGUGCCGGAUGUUGAAAGAAUAACUGCUCUCCAAUACGCAAUUCUUCUUCUGCCUGACGAAAACCGUGAAGCUCUCAAAACUCUUCUUCUCUUCCUGAAAGAAGUUUCAAGGAACUCCCAAGUGAACAAUAUGACUGCUCAAAACCUAUCAGUAUGCUUCACCCCGUCUCUGUUCCAACUUGGAGCAUCCCGGCUCGACAAGGUAACCCCCGGGAAUCGGCGGCACAAAACUGUCGGAGCAACUGGUCUACCGUCUGAAAAAGAGAUGAAGGAGGCGAGAGCUUGUCAAUUGUGCUUGACAAUGCUCAUUGAGUACGUGCAGACAGUAUUCAUGGUGCCUGAUGGGCUUGAUGAUAGCAUGGACGCCGAAGACGACAAUCCCAACCUAACGGAACUCGGAUUAAAAGGACCCCGUUCCUUCCUGGUUGAUCGGGUAAUUGAUCUGAUCAGAGAUCACUCGGAUCAAUGGAAGAAUUGGACGAUUGAAGGAUCAUUCCGUGGAAUUGAAAUAUCUUCAAAACGACCGUCAGAUUCUCAUCCAUUGAAAACGUUCCGUGUAUGGUUGAAUGUUCCCGCCGGGCCGAAGAGUGUCAUGAUGAGGCUGCUCAAAGAGCGAUACACAUGGGAUUCUUCAGUGAUUAAUUGGAGACAUUUGGAGUAUGUGAGUGCUCCAGACACGGAUAUUCAUCAAUACGUUGUCAAUGAGACAAUUGGACAUCCAACGAAGGAUUGCCACGUUGCAAGAUUCCACUCGUCCGGUCUCACAGAAAUCCGUGGAGCAUGUGCAAUUGCGGAGCGAAGUGUGAAAUGUACGGAAGAUCAACUGUUGGGUGGAGUGUCGGCUACGAUAUUCGACCAACGCUUCCUGAUUGAGCCAGUCAGUGGUGGACAGUCACGGGUUAACUAUAUUGCUCGGGUCGAUCUUAAAGGUCGGUCACUUCAAUGGUACAACAAAUCAUUCGGAUCCAUAAUGUGCCGCCACUUGGAUCGUCUCCGAGAAUCUUUCCAUCUUGGAGACAAAGGCGGCCCAGAAACUAAUGUCUAAAAAACACCGAAAACAAUCAUAUUCCAAUCACAAUUUCUUUUAUUUCAAAUUCUAGUCAGGGAACGAAAAGCCAUGUAAAACCUCAUUCUUCCCGGUUUUCUUUGUUUUUUUACUAAAAAAUCGGUGCUCCAGAAAAUUAGCUUAUUUGACCCCGCCUCUUUUUUUGCAAGGUGGGCGCACGUUUUUCAAAAAAUGUUGAUUAUCUGGAAUACCCUUACCUCCUUCUUUUGUUUUUUUGUCACUUUCACCCCUCCCGAUUAAUAUUUAUUUGUUAAGUUAUCAAUUUUUUCCCAGUGCCUUUUCCAUUUUUUUCAACACAGUUUUCCAAUUUUUAUAUCUCCGAAAAUUCCAGUUUCCCUCACCUUUUUUCCCCAAUUGUCUUCCCCAUCAUCAUCAUCAUCUUCAUAAAAAUGUCACAUCUUCUAA